AGAGUCCAGCUCCUGCCGCCCCCCGCGCGGCCCGGCCGGACCGAUUCGUCGCGAUCGCGGCGCGCUCCCAUCCGCGGCGGCGAUAUCGAUGGGCAAGGGCGCGGGUGCUUCCCCUGCAGCAGGAGCCACCACGCCCGGCCCCCUCCCCCCCCGCACCGCCGCGACCGCACCUUCAUCCCGCCGCCGCCGCGCCCCAUCGCACCAGCGCCAGCCCCAGCCCCAGCGCCGCCAGCGCCCUCGCCGCGGCCGGUCCGCAUCUACGUCGUCUUCUACUCCAUGUACGGCCACGUCCGGCUCCUUGCGCGCGCCGUGCAGCGCGGGGUGGGCUCCGUCCCGGGCGCCUUCGGGGUCCUGCUCCGCGUCCCGGAGACGCUGCCCCGCGCCGUGCUCGCCCGGAUGGGCGCGCUCAAGCCCGCCGCCGAGGAGGACGAGAUCCCGCUCGUGGACCCCGACGGGCUCCCCGACGCCGACGGCUUCCUCUUCGGCUUCCCGGCCCGGUACGGCGCCAUGGCCGCGCAGAUGCAGGCCUUCUUCGACUCCACGGCCCCGCUCUGCCGCCACCAGCGCCUCGCCGGCAAGCCCGCCGGCUUCUUCGUCAGCACCGGCACCCAGUGCGGCGGCCAGGAAACCACCGCGUGGACGGCGAUCACGCAGCUGGCGCACCACGGCAUGAUGUUCGUGCCCAUCGGCUACACCUUCGGGGAGUGGAUGUUCGAGAUGGAGGAGCUCCGUGGGGGAUCGCCCUACGGCGCCGGGGUCCUGGCCGGCGACGGCUCCAGGCCGCCCAGCGACCUGGAGCUGGCCCUCGCCGAGCACCACGGCAAGUACAUGGCCACGCUUGUCAAGAGGAUGGUGCACGGCGCCGACGCCGGUUAAUCCUACUUCCUCAGCCUUGCAGCUGGACUGUUGCUGCUGCUGCUGCUGCUCUGUGCAGCGUGGUUUUGUAGUUGUAGAAUAGUACAGUAUUGCCAUUAGUCCGAGAAUUCAGUUCGUAGGUUACUCUGCAAACACAUGGACAAUGAUAAUUCAUUUGGUUCUAGAAGUUAGCAGGAGAACUGUUAAUGCUUUCAUUAAAGGGAAAAAUGUUGAUACUAUA